AUGGAGCAUGUUGCCCCAGUAACACAUCCAGCCCCAGAGCUGGAUGUGGUGACCGAGCAGCAGAUGCGCAAGCAGUCUGUCUCGCCCAGCGAAAAGCCACAGGUCAUGGAGCGCGUAUGGGGUUUUGCCGCUCGUGUCGACAGCACCGUGACGUACGAAGAAUACGUCUACUGGGCCAAGAUCGAGCGUGAGAUGGAGAUUGAAGAGAACAAGGUGUUCCAGGCCGAGCACGGCUCUCCCCUUCGCGACUCGAUCAAGAACGCCUUUUCGAAGGCUGGCCGAAAGAAGGCGAAAGCAGACAAGGAGGCCAGACUUCAGACCUUGGCGCAUCUUAACGAGAAGCAGCCCGCUGGGGUUGUCACUGAUGUUGACAAUGGCCAGCCCGCCGAGUCUCCGCUGAAGGUCUCAGACGCGGAAUGGCGUAAUGCUGCUCGUGCACUCCGAACCGCCAGCUGGGGCCAGAUGUUCUUCCUCAUCACCACGGACAUUCUCGGUUGGUCAGGCGCCCCGUUUGUCUUUGCCAGCGUGGGAUACGGCACUGGUGUAGCUCUCUACCUCAUCUUUGGCAUUUUCGCUGCCUGGGGCGGCUGGGUUAUCUGGAAAACUUUCCUCGAUCUCGACUCGUCUCGCUACCCAAUGCAGAGCUUUGGUGAUCCAUUUUUGCGCCUCUUCGGCGUGAACAUGCGCCAUUUCAUCAACGUCGCCCAAUCACUCCAGCAAUUCUUCACCGUGGCCAUCUUGAUCUUCAGCAAGGCUUUGAACAUUGAGCAGAUCGCUCACUCGAACGUUUGCUUCGUGGCGAUGAUGGUUGUCAUCAUGGUUGUCGGAAUGCUUGGAGGAUUCAUUCGGAGCUUGAGGAAGAUUGGAUGGAUUUCCAAUGCCGCCGUGUGGAUGAACAUUGUGAACUUCAUCAUCUGUAUGGUGGCUGCUUCACACUUUGCGCCUUACUACCCAGCAAUUACGAGGUCUACACUUAUCCAGACUAUCGAGCCCAUCAAAGUCUUUGCUGGCAUUCCACCAGAUCAAUACCAACAGCAAUCUCCAGGUUUCGCGGCUACAUUCAACGCUGUCAACACCAUGGUCUACGCAUACGCUGGCGCUCUCCUCUUCGUCGCCUUCCUCUCGGAAAUGAGACAUCCGCUAGACUUCUGGAAAGGCAUGUUUCUUGCCCAGGCCUUCAUUUGCAUCGUCUACAUGUUCUUCGGUGUCUUCGUCUACUCCUUCUACGGCCAAUACUCUGCCAACAACAUCGUGAACGUUGUCAAUCCAUAUGGUUUACAGACUGCCGGUAACGUUCUCAGACUUCUCUCUGGUUGGAUUGCUAUCAUAAUGUACUUCAACAUCGGCAUGAAGACAGUGUACCUUGAAGUUUUCCAGGCCAUCUUCAAGUUCCCCUCGAUUGUUGAAAAGAAGGGCAAGAUCCUCUGGUACCUCUUGGGGCCAUGCUAUUGGAUUCUCGCAUUUGUCGUGGCUGGGGCGGUACCUAACCUCAACGGCAUUGUCAGCUUUGUCGGCGCCGUCUUCAUGAUGAAUUUUACAUACACCUUUCCAGGCAUGAUGUACAUGAGCAGCAUCAUCCACAAGGCUGCUGAACUUCCUGGCGAAGGUUUCAACCCGGCUACGCGCGAGACAAUCAGGCACGACGACGGCUUGAAGCGAUGGAUUAGAGGCUACAAGAAGACUUGGUUCAGAAGCACCAUUGCACUCAUCUACAUUCUUCUUGGCCUUGCAUGCUGUGGAAUGGGUACCUGGGCAGCUAUUGAAGGUUUGAUUGCUGUUUUCGGCCCUGGCGGAACCGUCGCCGUCAGCUUCGGAUGCCCUGUGCCUGUGUAG